CAGUCAUUACCACCCCACCACCACUAGUUGUCAUAUGUAUUCUUUUUCUCCUUCUCUUCUAUGAAAGUAAAAUAAUAUCCCCUGCCUCCCUUAAUCAUGCUCUUUCAACAUAUCUCCUUUCAUUUCCACUUAUCUUUUCUUUAAAUUUAAGCUUCACUUAUUCCUCCACGUCUCUAAACCUUUUUAAAAAAACACUCAUAUAUACCACACAUACACACUGCAGAAUCACCGGAGGAAAGGGUUAUAAUCACAAAAACACAACAACAACAACAAAAACUAGAUAACAUGAACUCAGUAUGCAUCUCUAGCUGCAUCGACGAUGCACGUGACACACGCGUGCCGGUUCGUACCACUUAUGUGAAUCUCUAUAAGUGGCCUGAGUCGGACGCAGAGUUCGUCCGCUCCGUCCGACGUGGAGGCGGCGUACCUACGGCGCGUGUGGUGGAUAGUAUCUCAUGCCGACAGAUGUAUCUUCGAAGCUACACGUUCUCUCGGGAAGAUGACGAUGACAAGAGCAAAUCGGCGAAGGUACUGCCCUCAGAGACGCAAACCUCGUGUCUAGGGAGGUUUAAGGAAACGGCCUCGUUCAGGAAGAGGAAUAAGGAGGAAAGUGAUGUCAUCGUUGAGAAGUCAAAACCGAGUCGCCGUCGUGAGAAGAGGAGAGUUAGAAAGAAGCAGAAGAAGAGAGAACAAGCUUGUUCUGUUAUGUUCCGGUUUUUUCGAAGGUUACUCUCUUGUGCUGCGACCGUAGAUGUUGUUGAUCCAAACUAGCUAAGUUCAUGCAUUACCUUCUUGUAUUAAACUUUUAAUUAAUAUUUGAGUUUUUUUCUUUGUUUUGAGAGUUA